UCGUAGACCUGAAACCCGUGACGUUUCCAUUUCCCAUUUGCCCAUAGAAUUGUUGGUGAAACUUAUAGACGCAAUAUCACACUACUUGGCGUUUUUCUCACCAAUAGCAAUGUUCAAUGUAACGCCAUUUGCAGUAUAGGAAAUAACAUCGAAGAUGCCAUCAUCCGGUUUUGAUUAGCUGCUUUCAUGACAACUCACUACCGAAAGCAGCGUUAACUUACGGCCACGCAAAGGACACCUGGUGAGAGGAGGCCUGAAGACAGUCACGGGCUACCUUCAGUCCACCUCAACUCCGAUUUGGCUUUCUUAAAGUGUCACUUCAGAAUGGCCAGCCAUUUCCGCAGCUACAUCUGGGACCCAGUUCUCAUUGUGUCUCAGAUUGCGUUGAUGCAGUGCAUCUAUUAUAGCUUCCUUGGAUUGUGGCUUGCUGGUGUUGAUAGCCUUGUACAGACAAAUAGAUCUCUCGACCAAAUUUUCAGCUAUGAGGUAGUUGGUUUUGGGACACCUCAAGGCAGACUCUCAAUGAUGGCAUUCAUCUUAAAUUCAUUGACAUGUGCUCUCGGCCUCUGGUUCUUCAUCCGGCGCGGCAAGCAGUGCUUGGAUUUCACCGUCACAGUGCAUUUCUUUCACAUGAUCGGAUGCUGGGUGUACAACUCUCACCUGCCGGCCUCUCUCUCCUGGUGGCUCGUCAACGUGGCAUGUAUGGCCCUAAUGGCCGUCAUCGGGGAAUACCUGUGCAUGCGGACUGAGCUCCGAGCUAUUCCGGUCAACACCGGACCCAAAUCAAACCUCUGAGGGAUCAUUCGUACUGGCAUUCUCGGGGUGGACUGUGGACAGGCUGGACUAGUUGCCAUUUUCAGUCUUUCUGUUGCUUUCUGUUGCUACAUUAUCAAUGACUACACUUGACUGAAUUGACCUGGAACAAAGGUCUUCUGUCAGAGAUUGAACAGUUAUGUCAAUAAGCAAAGAAUGCCCCUGUAAUUGCUGAUGUAUAGAUUAUGUUGUGUUUUAUUUAUUUUCUCUGACAUUCUUAAGCGGCUGCAAUUUUAGAAUUUUAUAAUGGUUAAGUAUUACACAUUUCUGAAGAGAGGGAAAAUGGUCAGAUAUGAUGGAUCUGUGCAUCAUCUUGCUUUUGUUGGCCCAUAAUGAGGUACUAUCGUAAAUAUACAACAAAGCAAAACCUUUAUUAUUAUUAUUAUUUUUUUUUUUUUUUUUUUUUUUUUUUUUUGAGAACUGUCAUCAUAGCACAGGUAAAAACAGACAUGGAGAAGGAAUGUUUGUCAUUCAUACUCAAUACAUAGUAAGUAUGCAUCCUUUGUAAUUAAAAGUAGCUUAAAUGUCAUAAAAAGCAGUCAAACAAAUCUUGACUUGGCCAGAAAUGGGUACAAUCCAGAUAUGCAAUAUGCAUUUCAGAUAGGAAUAGAUCACACAGCCUGUGAUGAAUACUUGAGAAGGGAUACAAGGUUAACAAGAGGUUUACUGACUUUGUGCCCUGUUCAUGAAAAGCAGCCACCAUUCGGGCAUCAUUUUUGUACAUUUUAUUCUGUGGUGUGCUUUAUUUUAACAAUUUAAACUGAUGAACUAUUUAAACUACUUGGACAGGAAGUCAUAAUCCUUCCCUGGAUUACCUCAAGUUUGCUUUAAUAAAUUCAUUCAUUCA